UUUCUCAAACGGUCUCAGUGCGGAGCUUUCUGCCGAAAGGACUGGAGUGCACGGAGACAUAUACGGAGAGUAGGUGGAGACCUCUAAAGUGAAGAAAUGAUGGAACAAAAUGUCUCUCCUCCACGUUUAGAAAGCAGAAGCUCGUCCGCUACACCCAUGCUCAAUCCAGGGUUGGUGGCUACUCAAGCCACGCCCACUACAGUACCCGCCAUGUUGGUACAGAGCGGAAAUGUUCAGAACGUUUCGUUUCAGCAGCAAGGAGGAGGAGGAAUUAAUAGUGUCCCCACUAACCUUACGUCAUACACAUCCAUCAUCGAUCCAUCACAGCUACUCGUAAAAACUGAAGGCGUCACGUCCGCGUCACCUCUAUCUGUAGGCGGGGCCAAUCGAACCACACCCCCUACCCUCGUCACAGGUACGGGCUCAAUCACAGCCACACCCACUGCAUACACAACAGCCGUCACUACAUCAGCCACUUCUACUACAACUGUGGGCGGGGUUACAGGAGGAAGCAUUUUAGGUAAAAGAAUCAGGCGUACUUCAACAAAGUAUGAUGACUUUGAACAACCUUUAAUGCGCCCGUCUAAAGUGGAAGCGAAGGAAUCCUCAGAGACAAGAGAGAAGACGCCGUCAGAGAAAACAACAGAAGAGGAAGGGAAAGGAGGAGGGAACAGAUCAACAAACCAGCUCCAGUAUCUAAAGAACGUUCACAGGAUCAUUUGGAGACACCAUUACGCAUGGCCGUUUCAUAAACCAGUCGAUCCAGUUGCUCUUAACAUCCCUGAUUAUUUCAACAUUAUUAAGAGACCGAUGGAUUUAACUCUCAUAAAGAAGCAGUUGGAUCACAAUGGCUACAGCUCUGCUAAGGAGUGCAUACAAGACUUUAAGACAAUGUUUAACAACUGCUACACUUACAACAAACCGACCGACGAUGUUGUUUUUAUGUGUCAAGCUUUGGAGAGACUGUUUGACCAGAAGGUGACUGGAAUGCCAGCAGAGGAGUUUGAGAUUGUUCCUGGUCAAAAAGGCAGAAAGCCUGGACCUAAAAGCAAUGCUGGAAGGAGAACCAAAAUGGCCGCGGCUGAGUCUACUGUUAAUCUCGAUAGUCCUGGAGACGUGUCUCUGGUCUCAUCAACAAGUUCAACAGUACAGCCACCUUUAGUCCCUGCUCCUUUAUCAACCACAACACAACCUGUCAUCAAGAGGAAAGGUGUUAAGAGACAGGCUGAUACAACCACUCCUCAUUCUGGUCAGCCCAGCCCCACCAGCGGAGUACCACUAGACCAACCUCCACCGCCCGCGGUCGUCGUAGCCAGUACACCAGUACACAUACUAUCGUCCGCUGUACCCACGAGAAGGGAAUCAACCCGUACUAUUAAAAGACCCAAACUUGACUUACCUGGUGAAUCCUCCUAUGGAAGAAAGAGACCGCUGACUGUACAGUUGAGAUACUGUCUCUCUAUAGUGAAGGACUUCUUUAGUAAGAAGCAUCAGGCUUCUGCUUGGCCAUUUUAUAAUCCGGUGGAUGUCAAAGGCCUUGGUCUUCAUGAUUACCUUGAUAUUAUCAAGCAACCAAUGGACCUCACUACUUUAAAGAAAAAGUUGGAAGACCGUGAAUACGAAGAUCCCUCUCAGUUUGCGGCAGACAUGAGGCUGAUAUUCACUAACUGUUAUAAGUACAACCCGCCAGAACACGACGUCGUUAAAAUGGCACGGAAAGUUCAAGAUAUUUUUGAGUUCAAGUUUGCUCGUAUGCCUGAAGAGCCACCUCCAGCUCCUCCAAAGAAGACAUCGAUAAAGAUGAAAACCGGAGGAUCCUCUGAUUCCUCCUCAAGCGAAAGUGAGGACAAUGAUUCAAGUGAAGAGUCAGACAGUGAGUCGGAGAGAGCCAGUCAGCUCAGUAAACUCCAGGAGCAGGUCAUCAUGGUCUCCAAGCAGUUAGCUGCUCUCAGUAAAAAAGGAGGAGGAGGGGGUACUCCUACCCUCGGGAUCGACGCUAACUUUGCCCCUUUCCUCUCACCUGCCCCGUCCAAAGAGAAGAAGAAGAAGAAGGACAAAUCAAGCAGAAAAGGAAAGAACAAACCCGUACCUUCGACUUCUACACCAUUACUGCCAACACUCCAACCAAAGAAAUCAAAAUCAGCUAAGAAGAGGACCCCACUAAACUGGCAGCCUAGUUCAGACGAAGAAGAUGUGAAGCCGAUGACUUAUGACGAGAAGAGACAGUUGAGCCUUGACAUAAACAAGCUCCCUGGUGUGACAUUAAAUAGAGUAGUCCACAUUAUCCAGAUGAGAGAGAGGACGAUCAAGGACGGGAAUCCUGACGAGAUCGAGAUAGAUUUUGAGACCCUGAAGCCGGCGACGCUGAGAGAGUUGGAGAAGUAUGUUAAUUCGGUUCUGAAGAAGCAAAAGCGACCACCAACCAAUAAGUCAAUGGAUGCCGCAAAGAAAAGAGCCGAACUGGAGAAGAGAUUACAGGACGUCAGUGGCAAGUUGGGCGGGGGCAGCGGAAUGCCAAAACUACCAAAAACCAAAAAAAGCAAAAGUGACGCUAAAGGUUCUAAAGAUCUUAAAUCCUCACGAUUGAGCGAUUCCUCCAGCUCUUCAGACGAUGAUAGCGCCAACGAAGAAGAAAGCUCCAGCGGAACCGGAUCAAGUACGAGCUCAUCAAGCGACGAAGAGAAAGAUGUUAAACCAGUACAGAAGGCAAGGACACCUCAGGCAACAUCAAAGCCGAUUGCUCCAGCUUAUCAGACGACUUCUGCGGCUUCAAUUAUCGGUCGUAGCCAAUCAAAAAGCUCUCUUACUACAGUGCCUGCGGGCGGAGCUGUGGCCCCACCCCCUACUAAAGAUGCUGCCCCGCCCAGUCCUGGUUUUCAAGAGCCGAUAGAAAUGGGCGGAGUCAAGAAGAGGGCGAUACCCUCGGCUGAUUCAAGUUUUGCACAAUUUAAGAAACAAGCACUUGAGAAUGCUGAACGGGAGAAGGCGAACAAGCAGCAGGAGGACCUAAGGAAGCAGCAGAUCAUGUUAAUGCAACAAAACAAGAAAGAGACAGAGAGCAAGAGUAAUACUGCAUCUCCGGUUGGAGGAGGGGGCGGGGCUGACAGUGGGGGCAUGAACAGCCCAGUUGAUGAAGUCGAGAGAGAAAGAUUGAAAGAGAAACAGAGACAGGAGAGAGAAAAGAUGAAGCAACAAAUUGAUAUGACUUACCAAAAUGAUCUGAUGAGUCAGUUUGAGAUGACCAUGUACUGAAGACACGAUGACGUCAUAAUUACAUCAUUAUAAUAAUCUCGUUUCAUGUUAUUAUUAUUAUUAUUAUUAUUAUUAUUAUUAUUAUGUAUUACAUGUACGAUGAUUAAGGACACAUUGAUUAAAUUGAUUAUCGUCUUUCUUUUUGUAAUUAUUAUUAUUGUUAUUAUUAUUUAUUAUUGUUGUUGUUGUGACUCUUACGUUCAUGUUGAACUUUAUUUAUUAUUUGACUGUAGUCAAGUUCUUUCAUUAUCUCAAACUUUAUCAAGAAUAA